UCAGGGGAGGGGGUCCCGUAUAAAACGCCUCCUGGUGGACUGAAUGCCAUUCGCUUCGUGUUAUUCAGAGUACCAGCAGCACUCUCGACCCGCCGCCAAAAUGUCUGCCCUCCGCUUCAUCCUUCUCUGCACCCUCUCAGUCUUCCUCUUCGCCCAGUUCGUCCUGUCCAGACCGGAGGAGGAGGGAUCCCUGAAGAGCGUGGAGGCCAAGGUGUCCGUGGCCGUGGAGGACCUCAAGAAGAACGUGGGUGAACUGUUCAAUAACCUUACCACUUUCAUCCAGACCGAGAUCUCCAAGAACCCCGAGGCCUCUGACAUCUACAAGAACAUUACGAGCAGCCUGUCCGCCGUUGCCCAGCAGAUGAAGGACGCCGUUGCCUCCGUCACUCCCAAGCCCUGAGAGGUUCCUGUCGAGAACAAAACACGAAAUGCCAACCCAAAAUUUAUUUAAAUAUCAUUUCCUUUUGAAGCUCUACAUUUGACAAUCUUCAUUAAAAAAAUAAAUGUUUUAACCAACGUUGUA